UCAAUCAUACAAUGAGAAGAAUUAAGUAAACUACUCUCUCUCGUCACUGCCCCUUUUGCCACAACAACUGCCUCCGGUCUAGUCACUGCCAAUUUGGCACAACAUUUGCCUCCGCCAUCGCCAUUUUAAUGGAACACAGUAUGUCCAGUGAAGAGGAAAUUGGGGAUGAAGAGAAGCAGCUGAAAAACACUUCCUUUGAUCUGAAAGAUUACACCGUUAUUAAAGAAGGAGAAGCUGAGAUUCUCAUGCAUGCUACAAAUCAAGUCUUUUACAACAAAACUCAGGUGAACAACAGAGAUAUGUCUAUUGCUGUUUUGAGGACCUUUAUAUCACAACGCAAGCUAGAGCACAAAGCAAUGUUGGCCAGACAAGCUAAGGCUGGCCCUAAGGUACCAGAUGAAUCAGUUUCUGAAAUGGAACCUCCAGCUGAUUCUUCCCAGCAUAAUGGAAUGUCCAGUGAUGGGUGUAAACUCUUGGAAGAGAUGUCCCAAGAUGAACAAUGUAGUAUUUCAGAUGUGCAAACAAGAAACCUAAGGCGGAAAGACCUAGAACUAAAGCCAGCACGAGUUCUUGAGGCUCUUUCAGCUUCUGGAUUGAGGGCUUUAAGAUAUGCACGUGAAGUAGAAGGAAUUGGUCAAGUUGUGGCCCUUGACAAUGACAAAGUCUCUGUUGAAUCUUGCAGGAGAAACAUAAGAUUCAAUGGUUCUGUGGCAUGCUCAAAGCUGGAAUCCCACCUUGCUGAUGCUCGAGUUUAUAUGCUUACCCAUCCCAAAGAAUUUGAUGUGGUUGAUCUUGAUCCUUAUGGAUCGCCAUCUGUGUUCUUGGAUUCUGCUGUUCAAUCAGUUGUAGAUGGGGGGAUAUUGAUGUGUACUGCUACUGAUUUGGCAGUGUUAUGCGGGGGAAAUGGAGAAGUAUGCUAUUCCAAAUAUGGCUCGUAUCCAUUGAGAGGGAAAUAUUGCCAUGAAAUGGCUUUGCGGAUCCUUCUUGCCUGCAUUGAGAGCCAUGCAAAUCGGUACAAAAGAUAUAUUGUUCCAGUAUUAUCUGUUCAUAUGGACUUCUAUGUCCGCGUUUUUGUUCGUAUCUAUAGUUCAGCAAGUGCUAUGAGGAAUGCUCCUCUGAAGCUCUCAUAUGUGUAUCAGUGUAACGGGUGCGAUUCUUUCCAUCUUCAGCCAGUCGGGAGGACUAUCUCAAAGAGUAACACCCUCAGAUACCACCCUGGAUUUGGCCCUGCUAUUUCUCAAGAUUGCAGUGAUUGUGGUAAAAAAUUCAAUAUGGGUGGACCCAUAUGGUCUGCACCCAUCCAUGAUCAAGAAUGGGUAGCUGCCAUACUUGCUGAUGUGAAAUCUAUGAAGGAACAGUAUCCAGCGUAUGAUCGAAUCUGUGCUAUGUUGACAGCAGUUUCAGAGGAAUUACCUGAUAUUCCUCUAUUUCUUAGUUUGCACAAUAUCUCUGCAACACUGAAAUGCACUUCUCCCUCAGCAGUUAUGUUUCGCUCUGCUGUAAUCAAUGCAGGAUAUCGUACAUCAGGGACUCAUGUGAAUCCUUUGGGAUUGAAAACAGAUGCUCCUAUGCAUACCAUUUGGGAUAUCAUGCGUUGCUGGGUAACUGUUCCUUGUUCUGUCAGCUCUUGUUUUGUUGGCCUUGAAAAUGAAAGAAGAAAAGAAAGGAAAAACCCUAAAGAAAAAGUAGCCAUGAAGAAUAAAGGAAAAGUAACUCGUAACAUUUCAUUGCAACUUGAAGUUUCUGUACAAAAAAUUGACUUCUGUCAGGUCAAAAAUCAUCCUGUGAAAGCUCAACCAUCUCACCAUCCUGGAACUGUGAUUCUUUCCAAGGAACCUGUUCUGCAGGCUAAUUUUGCUUGGGAUGUUGAAUCCCCUAGCAAGGGAAAGGACAAGAAGGUUGCUCAUUUCCUUCCUAAUCCCGAAAGGCAUUGGGGCCCAAAACUCAGGGCAGGUCGCCAGAUUACUGGUAAGCACAUGUCCCUUUUGGGUACCAAAGAAGUAAAUAUAUUUAGCAACCCUGAGGAUAGUGAUAACUCUGCAGCAGUGUUUUAGACGGCGAAAUGCAACAAGGGUCUGCCUUGCCACAAAGCGCUCACCUUUUUGAAGUGCGGCGCCAAUUAAUACCCAAAAAUUAAUGUAUUUAAUUGCAUAUAUAAAUAAUCAAAAUCUCAAUAGCAAUAACAUACUAGCAAAUAUUUCAAUUCAAAAACUGAAAAUAGAUGGUACAUACUAAAAGUUUAGAACUUGAAUGAGAAGAAAAACAGAACAAAAGUCAAAACAGUGAGGAAAAAAACAGAGGUAGAAGUACUCUAAAGUCUGAAGAAGAAGAAGGAAAAAGAAGUAUGAAGAAGAAAAGAAGAAAUAUGUAUUGGUUAGUCUCUAGAGUCGCCGAAAAGUCUGUCUGGUUGCCGGAGAAGUCUAGUUGAGUUGACUGGUUGGAGUCGCAGUCUAAGAGUGCAACUGUGCAAAUUUGCAAAGAGAACCCUAAAAUUACCUUUUAACUUUUAUAACCCUGAAUUGGUCGCCUUUUUGUUAAGAAAAUACAAAAGGUGAAGCCUUUCUGGCCAUUGUCACCAUGGUGUCGCCUUUUCACAUAGCAAAUAGGCAAUGAAGGGUCGCCUCGCCUCUCGCCAUUGGUGACGAGGCGAUCACCUUUCACAACACUGGCCUGUAGGCAAGCGUAAGAAGACUGAAGAUGCUGAUUCAUAAAUUAUGUUUUGGCCUUAUGUCUUAUCAAAACUACCCUGGAGCCAAUUUUUAUCUUCUCAUAAUCUGUUUCUUCUUCUGCAUUUC